AUGGAAAUUCAUUUCCAACAACAAAAGCAGCAUAAAACAGCAAGCAUUCCAGCUGGCAGAACAAGCAAGUUCAAGGGGAGAAGUAGGCCUAACAACAGUACCAAGUUUAUUGGUGUUAGGCAAAGACCUUCUGGUAGAUGGGUAGCAGAGAUUAAAGACACAACACAAAAGAUAAGGAUGUGGCUUGGAACCUUUGAGACAGCUGAAGAAGCAGCUCGAGCUUACGAUGAAGCUGCCUGCCUGCUGCGUGGAUCCAACACUCGAACCAACUUCAUUACUCACGUGUCCCUGGAUUCUCCUCUUGCUUCCAGGAUUCGAAAUCUCCUCAACAACAAAAAGAGAGUAAAACAACAGCAGAGUGUAGAAGAAACUGUUGAUGAAGUCUCUACUCCACCAACUAGUAUCAAUACCAUUACUACUACAAGCACUAUCACUACCAGCAGCAGCAGCAUUAGUAGUAAUGGCAUGAGUGAUAGUUACUCUCAUACCAGUUCUAUUCAUAAAACUGAUCACUUGUUUGAUGAUGCGUAUAAACCAGAUUUGAGCACUUGCGUUGAGGAAUUCAAGUUGGGUUCUUCUCAGUCAGACCUUUCAUGGGGUUUUGGACCUGUAUUCGAUCGGUUUUCAUUUGCACAGGAAGCGUUGGAUUUUCCGAAAAGUGUGGUAUUACCCGAGACAAGUGAAUUGGAAUUCUCAGAAUUUGAUAGGAUGAAGGUGGAGAGACAGAUAUCAGCAUCUCUAUACGCAAUGAAUGGGGUGCAUGAGUACAUGGAAACUGUUCUUGAUCCUAUUGAAGCUCUAUGGGAUCUUCCACCACUAUGA